UCAAUCCCGGAAGCGGAGAGGAGAGGGAGCGUCGGCGAAGAGACAAAAUGUCGGAGAGAAAAGUGUUAAAUAAAUACUACCCCCCGGAUUUCGAUCCAUCUAAAAUCCCCAAGCUUAAACUUCCGAAGGAUCGUCAGUAUGUGGUCCGGCUAAUGGCUCCUUUUAACAUGCGGUGCAAAACGUGUGGAGAGUACAUCUACAAGGGCAAGAAAUUCAACGCCCGGAAGGAGACGGUCCAGAAUGAAUCGUACCUGGGGCUCCCCAUUUUCCGGUUUUACAUCAAAUGCACCCGUUGUCUUGCAGAAAUCACUUUUAAGACGGAUCCGGAGAAUACAGACUACGCCAUGGAGCACGGGGCAACCCGGAACUUCCAAGCCGAAAAGCUGCUGGAGGAAGAGGAGAAGCGGUUACAGAAAGAGCGAGAGGACGAGGAGCUGAACAACCCUAUGAAGGUCCUGGAGAACAGAACCAAAGACUCCAAGCUUGAGAUGGAAGUUCUGGAGAACCUACAGGAGCUGAAAGACCUGAACCAGCGCCAAGCCCACGUGGACUUCGAGUCCAUGCUGCAGCAGUACAAGGACUAUGAGGAGCAGCAGAAGCAGCGGGAAUUGGAGGAGGAUGAGCAGGAGAUGAAAGCGAUGCUGGAGAAAGCCCAGAGCCGGAGGUUGCUGGAAGAUUCCGAUUCGGAUGACGACCCUGCGCCGGCUCCCGCAAAACCCUUUGUGAAAGUGAAGCCCACGGAUAUCCUGCAGGAGGUUCCGGAGCCGGAAGCCAAGAAGCCAAAGCUGGAGAGUUGGGAGAGGAGCGUGGGCAAGCUGACCCACAAGGCCAAGCUAUCGGGACUGGUCACCACCGCCAAGAGGAAGCCGUCAAACGGAGCGGGAAGCCGGGAUGUGCCGUCAGGUCCAGGUGCUGGGAGUCGGAGCGCAGACACCAUCUCCGGGGACGCGGCGCUGCCGUGCGGUUCGAGGACGGGGGCCUCCUCCCUCAGCCUCCUGGGGGCGUACUCUGACAGCGAGGACAGUAAAAGCGACUGAUAGUCCCUGGGUGAAGCAGCCGGCGUCCCCAAGAUUUACCCGGUACUUUCUCAGGAAAUGAACGCUGUAUCGUGGAGGCCGUCAGCCUCUCCGCCGGAAGACACUUCCCUCCAGUCACCCUACGAACCCCCCCUGUAAACGAAAUCGGCUGCUCCCUCCCAUGGACCAUCAGUUGCGGUGUUUCUUCGGAUGCGAUUGCUCCUGGAGUGGUUGGGUCACCCCACCUUUCCCCGUUCCACAUGAGUCAAACUCCUCCUAGGUUCUUGCGCCAGUUUUCCAAGGGGGGGCGAGGAAGUUGAGCGGCUGACAUAUGUCUGGUGCAGCCCUGGACCGGGCCUCUGUUUCAGAGCCAGAAAGCAGACUAGAAGGGAGACGUCCCCCCUCUGGUCCACUCCAUAGACCCACCUUCCCAUCCUUUGCCAUUAGCGGGGACGGGACCCAAGACGCAGUUGGGCCAGCCGACGGACUGCCUGGGUGUGUGGGAAGGACGGAUCCGCCCACGUUUCUCCUGCUCCCCGCCCCCACGACCGACACAACAAGGGCUCCCAGUCUGGAGAUCCGUUGGAGAUUCUUUGAGUUGACGGGAGUUGGGAGUUACAUUUAUCGGGGCAUCUCCUCAUCGCAAACUUAAAGUGUGUGCUAACAUUGUCCAGCUUUAUCCAUUCAUAGGUCCAUAGUUUUGGAUUCAACAAAAAGACUAACCCAUCUCUCAUUCUGUCUUUGUCUCUCUGUAUCUCUGUCUUUGUCUCUGUUUAUCUCUGUCUUUGUCUCUCUGUCUCUGUCUCUCUGUCUUUG